CCGCGUGUGGGCGGAGGAAAAGCCUUGUAUUUUGUCCGUCCUGAAAUUUGAUUCAGAAGUUCAGGAUCCUGGAAGACAAAAAGCAAACCGAGGGGGGAGGGAAGGACGCAAGGAGUAAAACCAAAACUCUCCAAGCUCCGACUCAAAUCUGCAGCUGACCUCGGCCCGGUUUCCAUCUGGACCCCUCACCCUGCUCCUCUCAGCCUGCGUGACUAUGAGCACCGCGGGGCUUCAGGCCACUGACAGGCAGAAGGCGAAGGAGCUCGACACCGUCAAGGAGUCCAUCAGCGACAUCAUCAACCAGCUGCAGGACAUCGACCCCGCUAGGCUCUCCUUCUCGCCGUUCCUGGACCUGGACACCCAGAUCUCCCUGGCGCCGGUGUCCGACAGCCCCGAGUCGUCGGUGGAGGAGCUCCGCUCGGCCUCCCAUUCGGCGUCCGGCUCCCAGCGCUCUCUGGAGCCGGCGGCGGCAGCAGAGCCGUCAAGAAGCUCUGCCCGCUGCCCCCAGCCGCUCAGCACCACCCUGCCGGUGCACUUUGGAGCAAAUCAGACGGAGGAGGAGGAGGAGCCGGAUCAAAGUCUUUCCAGUCCCAUCAUCGCUUCCAGCAGCUUGGACGCCACCGUGGAAAACUGCAGGAGCCCCCCCCAGCCGGCCUCUCCGGGCGACAUUCCCAACGGCACAAACACGCCGAGAUGGAGUCCCCAAUCCACCAACCUGGACGGCACGGUGGACGAGGGCCGGCCCCUGAUCGGCCCGCCGCUGGAGAGCGUGGAGCUGGCCGUGUGGGGCCCCGGGGGCCUCAGAGAGACUGAUGCAGCGGCAGAGGAGGCGUCGGAUCAGGGCAGACGCUGCUGCUGCUGCCGCUGCUGCCAGUGCGGAUGCAGCCAGAGCCGCCGUCUGCCCGCCGUCGUCUCCGUGCUGGCCUCGCUCCUGUGUGCGGCCGGGAUGCUCUAUGCACUCUACUUCUAUGUCCCCAUAAGGCCCCCCGACUGCCCCGACGUGAGCAGCCGCGUCGUCUUCACCUUCUGCUGCUGCGCGGUGGCUGCAGUCCCCGUGGUACUCGCGAUGCUCGUGGGCGCCGCGUGCCAGAUGUGCUCCGCCUCCAUCAGCCUGCAGGACCCGGUUCCUCGAGGGCAAACGCUGCAGCGGCUGUUCGUCACAUCGUCCCUGGAACAGUUACUCCUGUACGUGCUCAACCUCGUGGUGAUGGCCGCUUUGCUGCCUGAGGAGCAGCUGAAGCUGGUGCCUAUACUGGCUGUCAUGUUCAUCGUCGGCAGGCUCGUCUUCUGGAUCAGCCUGAACGCGUGCAGCUCCUGGAGAGGCUUCGGCUCGGGCCUGACCUUCUUCCCGCUCCUCGCCGCCGUCGCCCUCAAUCUCUUCCUCAUGUACGAUCUCAAUCUGGAACAGCCGCUCUUCGGCUCCGAGGACGCGCUGUACAAUCAGGUCACCCCGUCUUCCUGGACGGGGGAGACAUCACCGAGUGGCGAACCAGACGUCCUGCCCACAGACAUCCUGGACGCUCUGUGAGAGGCAGAGCGGCGUUUUCUUCCAUCCUUCCAAAAAUAGGCCAUUCCUGUGGCCUGCCGCUCCGCAGAGCUACACCCGCUGCCACCGUAACCUCCAACUAUGUGACAGCUUUUACUUGUUGCUCCUCCCGUGUGCAGGCUUUUUCAUGUGGGUUUUUCUGCUUUAUUAUCUGAAAUGCAAGCGCUCUGCCUGGCUGUGGCCGAGGAGGCCUCUCAACAAUGCUGUACAAAUAAAGGUUUUUGUCUUUUUAAGCUGUUCCGACGCCUAUAUUUAAGUACUUUUAAGCUCCGCUCUGUUCGGUUUGUUUUAACCUCACAGAGCCACGAAGCAGCUGCAGUUGUCAGAUUUUACUACUUUAACAUUUCAGAGGUUUUUGUACGGGAUAAAGUCAGAAUAAAAGCCAUUUGUAGGAAAAAUA